AUGGCGUCAAUUGAAGCCAUAAAUUACGAUCUUUUCAAAGAGCACAACCAAAAAGAAACUUAUGUAAGACUAAAUCCUUCAGGUUAUACAUUAACACUGCUACUCAUAAAGAAUUUUUCUGCAAGCAAAAACCUUUCACAUCAGAAAAUCAUUCUUAAAGCUUUGUUAAAACCGGCACUUUGUCUUAAUUAUCCUUAUGUUGAGAAACUUUUUAAAACCUAUGGAUCACAAACAAGUACACUUGGAGCUGAAUUAUUACGUAUCUAUAUGUGGGUUCAUAAUGAUCAAUUUAUCAACAAAUUUGGUGUUGUGUAUCCAAACACGAUGCAAUUUGGAAACAGUUUUGAAGUUGCUUCAUUGGCUUAUUCGAUGCACACGAAAUUCUUUCAAGUGGCAAUUGAAAAUUUCAUAGCUUAUGGUGAAAUAUCUGUGGGAAAUUCAAACACUAAAAGUUACAAUACAAUUUUAAUGAGCAAUCUUGAAAAUCUCCACGAAAAUGUCCGUCCGUUGCUCUUAAAUCUUUUCAACCAGAUGAUGAAAUUUUUUUUUCCAUAUGAGAUCGAAAUUGACAGCGAGAGCAAGAGCGAAAUUUGUAAAAUUUUCAAUCCGACAAAACCGCGUAAUAAUGAAAUAAUUGAUGAUAUUUUGAAGCUGCCAUGGACAAAUCGAAAUAAAUAUUCUUUACUCUCGAUAAUCAUAGCAACAAAUAUAGAAAUUCUGCUAUCAAACAAAAACUUUGUCAAAGAUAAUUUCCUGAAAGGAAUUUUUGUUGCUCUCACAUUCCAUCAUCUCUUAGCUUCAAGUGCAAAUUUGGUUAAAGCUCUUCAUAAACAUGAAUUCUUUCAAGAUGAUUUCAUCAAAAUACUUUCCGGAUUUCUAUGGAAAGGAGAAGAUAAAGAAAUUGGAAAUAUUGUCAAGUAUUGGUUCAGUGGCUUUGAUCAACAAUUCGUCAAUAAAUUUUAUGAUGAAAUAAGCAAGGAUGGAAAGUUUUUAAACAUUCCAACAACAUCUUUGAAGUUUCAUCGUCUUCUCGUUUUGCGGAAUGCAUUUAGAGGCUUCAUGAAAAAUCCUGAGCUUGAUAAAAGUAUAAGCGAAUUCGCUUUUGUCAUUGAAGAGAUGCCAAUUAAAAUUGAAAUAUUUUCCAUAUUAAUCGACAGAAUCUACACAGAAAAAAAUGAAAGUCAGCAAAAAGAAAACGUUUUCAUUUUACUCAAAUUUAUUCGUACAAAUAUGACCACGAAAGAUUCAAACUUCGUUGAUCACCAUAUAAUGCGGAAACUUCCUGAAUUCUUCAAUUUCCUCGCAAAUAAAAAAAUACGAGAAUUGGAAUUUCAAAGAAAAGCUUUUGGAAUUAUCAAACAAGACAUUUUUAGCCACGGAAUUAAUUUGAAUUUUUACGAGUCAACCAUGUUUAGUUUAAAGCUGCUGGAAGUCAUCCUUAAACAGUAUUUUAGUACAUCACAAUCAGGAUUGUCAAAAAAUACAAAUUACAAGGAAAAUUCAAAGUUUGGAAUAUAUUUGAAGCAGAACGAAAUUUGGGAUUUAUUAUCAAAAGAAAUCAUUGAUAAAUUAUUUGAUCUCGUUUAUCUUAGCGAUGAAAGCGACAUUUCCAACACAGCACAAAAUAUUUUGGUUGAAUAUUUUAUUAAAUCAUCUUCAGAUGACUGUUUCUCUGUUUUUCAAGAAAUAUUUCAUUCCAAAAAGGAAUUAUAUGGAAUGGAAAUUGGGGAUUUUGAAUGCAAAAGAAAGCUUUAUGUUCUGGAUAUUGAAGAAGAAUUUCGUUUGGGUAAUGUUGGCAUUGACAAUCUUCGAACUUCUCCUUCCAAAAUAUUGAAGCAAUGGAAGGAUUUCAAAUCUGAUUCUAAUCCUGUACUAUCGAUGAAAACAGGAAAUCAUUUAUACAACUUUAUUGAUGAAAUUAAUUACACAUUUUCACGUUUGGAAUCAACUGAAGAAUUGACGAAUAAAUUGAUGACAACGUUGGAUUGUAUUCAGGAAAUCACAAAAAAAUUUCUUGACUUAAUUAAUGACACAGACGAGACAACAACAUUUGAGAGUCUUGAUCAAAGACUUGAUGAUCUCAUUAGAAAAUCUUCAACAGAAUCUUUAGAUUUAAAACCGAAACUUCUUCUAUUCAUCUGGUAUACGCUCAGAUCUUGUUCAGAAAUCUCUUUUACAUUUACAAAGUUGGUUGCAGAUUCUGAAUUCAACAACCUAUUAAAAUCUCGAGUUAUCGAUAUUUGCAUUGACAUAAAUAUUCAAAUUCUUACUAAAUGUUGUCACAAAGGUGCCAUCGAAUCAGCCAGUGAAGCUAUUGGAAAGAUAACUAAAAUAGUUUCACAAAAAUUCUUAAACUUUUGUAAUCGAAAUAAUCCCGAAGCAGUCGUUUAUCAAAAAACUCUCAUCAAAUUAAAACACAAAAUUUAUUGUGGAGAACGUGUCACUAAUGAAGAUAUUCGUUGUAAUAGAGGACAUAUUCUCAUGGCUCAAGCAAUUAUUAAAAAUCAUCCAGCAUUUGUUAAAUUUGUUAUUGAAUCUCUCAUUGCUUUGGUUGAGAUCCAAAAUGCAUCUGAUGAACUGAAGUUUCCUAGUCCUCUUAAAGUUGGUUUUUCUGAUUUAUGUCAAGAAGAAACAUUGAACAAUACGACUUACAUUGUUCUUUUACUUGAAAUGUUUUCCAACUUUGAGUUUCGUAAUACUUAUAAACUCUGUCCAGAAAUGGGAUCUUUACGAGAAAAAUUUGAAGAGUUGAUGUCACAUCGAGAGGAGAAAGUAAGAUUUCUGGCGGGCAAAUGUUACGCAUUGUGGCAAGAAGUGGAUUUAAAAAUGCUGCAACAGAUCAAGGAUUGGUUGCUCUUUAUUUUCAACGCUGAUGGGAACAAAGUUCAUUCAACUGUUAACUGUAUCAAAAUAAUGAUUGAAAGAUAUGAAAGCUGUGUGAAAUUCAUCGACGACAGUUUUGAUAUAGCAACAUUUAAGGAAUCCUGCCGAGAAAUCAUUCAAAAUGCUUUUGAUUCAGCAUUUCCCUUUGUUGGAGCAACAAACUUUUUCAUUCGUUACCACAUCCUCGAUUUUUUGAUGUUUUUAGGAUUUACAUUCUCUGAUGUCGUUGUUCAAUCUUUAAUGACCGAAUCUAAUCUUAAAAAUCACUUUGGCUAUCAAAUAUGGAAAGAAAAAAUCCAAGAAAUUCAAAUGAAAUCAGAAAAUUAUCAAAAAGAAUAA